CGACAAAACAAAGGGGAAAAAAGAAAACCCUGACAGAAAAUAUCGGCAACACAGUUAGUUCAAUAAUUACCGGAAAUAGCCGGUGGUCGUCCGGUUUCUCGAAACCCUAUGUGCAGCAGAGGCUCAAUGGAGUGAGGAGAGAGAAAGAGAGUCUCUCUGUCUCUGUGUGUGAGUGAGUGAGAAAGAGAAAAGAGAAAGAGAAGAAGAGAGAAAGGAGAGAGAGAGUGAGUGUGUGCUUGUGAGGAUGCGUGAAGUGAAGCGCCAUACCAUACCCAGAAUUCUCACUAUCCUCUUCACGUCCCAGUCUCUGCUAACUUGCGCCAGUCUGCCAUACUUGCAGCUCAGAAGAAGAUCAUCAUAACCUUUCAUUUCAUCAUCACCCCAUCUCUUUCACUGUUUUCUCUCGCCUCUUAUCCUCCUCAAUAGACAAAACAUCCCCGGCCCCCUCCCUCGACUUCUUCUUCUUCCUGUUCGUUUUCUCCUCUCUCUACAGUCACUUCGUGAUGGCGGAUGGUUUUGAACCCUACCACGUACCACAGCAGAGCAGAAGGGAUAAGCUUAGAGUUGUGGCUCAGAACCACUCGGGCUGUGUGGAGGCAGCUACUAAUCUUCACGGCUGCGCCGGUUUGCUCCCUCUCUACGAUCCCUCACUGUUGCCUUCCGAUUUGCUAACUUGCGCCAGCGCCAGCGCCCAUGAGUUUCAGCACCAUAGCCACCCACUUUCAGGCUCUGCUGAGGCUUGUAAGGCAAACCCAGGUUGUGUUGUUAAAGAAGAAGGCGUGAAUUUGAUGGGUUAUGUUGGUGGAAUCAUGAAUGCGUCUUCUUCUUCUUCGACUUCGCACCAUCCUUACUUGGAUCCGCAAUCUUCGUUGCCCAUAAACCCCAGCUCGAUUCAGGAUAUGAACCAUAACCCUUUUUUUUACGCUCCCCAAAACCUCAGAGAUUUUGAUCAGUCCUUCAAUGGUGGUGAGAUGGUGGUGUUCAAGCCGGAGCCCUUAUCAUUGACCCAUCAUGAGUCUAACACCACUGGGCAAGGGCUGUCUCUAUCUCUGUCCUCUCACCAUACCCACCAAAACAAUCUUCCACUGGAACUGAAUCUUCAAAGGUACGGGUCUGCAAUUUUUAGCGAUAAGGUUACUGGUGGCUAUAUGGUUCCGGGCAUUGUUGGUGGUAGUGGUUCCACCUCUAAUGAUGUAUCGAGGAGUUCCGUCCCUCUCGGGCCUUUUACAGGCUAUGCUUCAAUUUUGAAGGGAUCGAGGUUCCUGAAACCUGCACAGCAGUUGUUGGAGGAGUUCUGCGACGUGGGCUGCGGACUUUACGCCGAAAGAGUCUCAGCGGAUUCGUCGAUGAUGGAUCCUCCAAUGGAGAGUCUGAGUGGAACUGGAAUUGUUGAUGAUCCGCUCAGUUGUGGAGAUGGGGGGGAGCACCGGAGAAAAAAGUCGAGGCUAAUUUCGAUGCUAGACGAGGUUUACAGGAGGUACAAGCACUACUAUCAACAAAUGCAGGCAGUUGUAGCAUCAUUUGAAUCGGUUGCUGGUCUCGGCAAUGCGGCUCCCUAUGCCGACUUGGCUCUGAAAGCUAUGUCUAAACACUUCAGGUGUUUGAAGAAUGCCAUUACCGACCAGCUUCAGUUCACAAACAAAGCCCAUGGACAAAUAAGUCAUGGAAAAGAUGAAAGUCCAAGGUUUGGGAACACUGAUAGAGGCCUUUAUGGUCAAAGACCCAUGCACAGCUCAGGAUUUCUUGAACAUCAACCUGUUUGGCGACCCCAAAGGGGACUUCCUGAGCGAGCUGUAACUGUACUCAGGGCAUGGUUGUUUGAACACUUCCUUCACCCUUAUCCUACUGAUACAGACAAGCUAAUGUUGGCUAAGCAGACUGGUCUCUCCCGGAACCAGGUUUCCAACUGGUUCAUCAAUGCAAGAGUAAGACUUUGGAAGCCAAUGGUGGAAGAGAUACACACGCUGGAGACACGACAAGCUCAAAAAUCUUCCCAGAGAGAGGAGCGAAGUGCCGACAGGCAGAGUGAUCAUUUACCUUCAGCAAACUCACUUGUGUUUGAAAAUCCAUCCACCUCUGCUCAAAGAGUUCAAGACGCCCCAUCAAAACGUACCAGAAAUGAGCUUUCUGAGGUACACGUGGGUAGUGAGGAGCCAAUGAAUUUAUCUUACAAUAACUUGUCGGCCCAUCCGCAUGUGGGAGUUGGUGUGAGCACUGCAGGUGGAAGCAGUAAUGUUUCCCUGACACUGGGUCUUCACCAGAAUAAUGGGAUUGGUUUAUCAGAGUCCUUUCCUAUUAAUGCAGCUCAACGUUUUGGGCUUGGCCUUGAUGCAAAUAGCGAGGGAUAUGUUAUAGGUGGUUUUGAAGCACAAAAUCGGCAUUUUGGAAGGGAUGUUAUUGGAGGGCAACUUUUACAUGAUUUUGUUGGCUGAAGAUGUCCCAUUUUGGUUGUCUUGGCAUUAUCUAAUUGGAUAUUAUUCUGACAAAGACCCAAUUAGAUGUGCUUUUAUCUGACUGCCAGACUCCAAAUUGGAACAGAAGGCAUCAAAUGAUUGCCGCCUUGUAAUGGUGUAAGAAGGUAUGUUUCAUUUCAAAAUUUAGAUAAAUAAUUAUAUAUUUUUUCUUUUACCAAUUCACUCUGGGUGUAUAUGAUCGUUUGAGAUGCGCAUACAACAUAAUUAGUUGGUGUAAAUGCUGAUAUAUGUUUAUAUGGUUGAAAAUGAUACCAUGGUGGUAGCCAACUGAAUUAGGGUUAGGCUGGGCCUAAA